AUGGGGAUUUCGAGUUCAAAAGCAGAGACUUGUGAAGCUUUGCGAUUAUGCAAAGAGAGAAAGAAGUUCAUCAAACAAGCAAUUGAUUCAAGGUACAAUUUAGCAGCAGCACAUGUUAUUUAUGUUGAAUCCCUUCAAAACAUAGGAAUCGCCCAUCAUAAAUUCGCAGAAAGAGAAGUAAUCUUAGACUCAUCUUCAACCACAUAUGCCGAGAAACCCCCACCGCCAUCUCCACCACAGAUUGACCACAAUGGUGCCGCCGGUGGCGGUGGCGACCAAUCGGGUUUUCCAUCUCCAUCUCCGCUGCCAGAUGUGAGCUUAAAUUACAUGAAAUCAAGUGGGGCUGGAGAUGUAACUAUUAAUGUAAACCCAUCGAAGAGUAGUAAUUGUAAUAAGAUUUAUGUAGACGAUGUUGAAAAUCCGUCAUUCACAAAUAGGUUUUUGUUUUCCAAACUUUAG